GCCGCCCCCCCCUUCCCUCUUUCCCUCAGGAGGGAAGAUGUCCGCGCUGCCUCCCGCUGCGCCUCGCUGGUUCCCUCAGAAAAGGCUUUGAGGCCGAAAAGCGAGUCAAAGAGGGAGGUUUUGCGGUACCGUUCCCUUCAAAGGUCUCCGGUCUCGGUGGGGAAGGCAGCGCUCCGGGAUGCUCGGUCAGCUCCGAGGCGUGGAAACAGCGGGUUUGUCUGCCUGGGAGCUGGUCCUGGACGAGAGGAGGGAAGAUUUUAGCACUGGGUGACUGGAAAUACAACUGAAGUGCAAAAAAGUAAUAACUGGAGAGGAUAUAAGGAAGAGCGUACAAUGCGCUGUGCGCUGUUUGUUCUUGUGAGCUGGAAGAUUGUAUGUUUGUGUGUAAUCCAAGAGAAACAGUCCACCAGCCACUGCCACGUUUUCAUCUGUUGAUAAACAUCGGCUGCUGGUUGUUCUUAAGGGAGGAAGACAAUUAGUUCCAGAUGGAGAACUCUUUCAGCCCAUUUAAGACUUUCCAGUUCAUUUAAGACAGCAGGCAGAAAAAAAUUGAAUAGACCACAUGAAGAAGCAUGUGAAGUUUAUUUUUAUGCAAGAUGUUAUUUGGAGGACCAAGUACACUCUUUCAGGCCGUGGGAGAUGAAAGACUAAUCACGUGAUAUUUUUGUUUUGUCGAAGUGCUGUUCUGUGCUAAGUCAAUGUUGGUUUGUAUUGAGGACAAAUAUUAAUUUCCUAAUGCCAGCAUGUCGACUGUGACAAGUGCUCAGACGCCAGAGGAACCGAAUCCUCCCCCCCUUGAAGAAAAGCCACAGGGAAAAUCACUAUUUCAUUUGGGUUCACUCUUUGCUAACAGGAGUGAAAAAUUUGUAAUUGCUAGGAGUGAUAGUGUGCCAGAGGAGAACGUUCUGAAAAUAACUAUCACGGAGACUACGGUGAUUGAGUCCGACUUGGGCAUCUGGAAUUCUCAUGCUCUCAUCUACCUCACUUUGUGGUUUUUCUUCAGCUUUUGCACUCUUUUCCUUAACAAAUACAUUCUUUCAUUACUGGAAGGAGAGCCCAGCAUGCUAGGUGCUGUUCAAAUGCUUUCAACCACCUUCAUUGGCUGUAUAAAAAUGUUUGUUCCAUGCUGCUUGUAUCAACACAAAACACGCAUCUCUUAUCCACCCAAUUUCAUCAUGAUAAUGCUGUUUGUUGGAUUAAUGAGAUUUGCAACGGUAGUCUUGGGUCUUGUCAGCUUGAAAAAUGUGGCAGUUUCAUUUGCCGAAACUGUUAAAAGCUCUGCACCUAUUUUUACUGUUAUCAUGUCUCGGAUGAUAUUAGGAGAAUACACUGGAUUGCUGGUUAAUCUCUCUCUCAUUCCUGUCAUGGGUGGGCUAGCUCUGUGUACAGCUACUGAAAUCAGUUUCAACAUUCUAGGUUUCUCGGCAGCUUUAUCUACUAAUAUCAUGGACUGUUUGCAAAAUGUCUUUUCCAAAAAACUACUCAGUGGAGAUAAAUACAGAUUUUCAGCCCCAGAGCUUCAGUUCUACACAAGUGCUGCUGCAGUGGUUAUGCUUAUUCCAGCUUGGAUAUUUUUCAUGGAUGUGCCUGUGAUUGGGAAAAGUGGGAGGAGCUUCAGCUACAACCAAGAUGUUGUGGUACUUCUCUUAAUAGAUGGAGUCUUGUUCCACCUACAAAGUGUUACAGCCUAUGCCUUGAUGGGAAAAAUUUCUCCUGUGACUUUUAGUGUUGCUAGUACUGUGAAGCAUGCGCUGUCAAUCUGGCUAAGUAUUAUUGUGUUUGGUAACAAAAUCACAAGCCUCUCAGCCAUUGGGACUGUCCUGGUGACAAUUGGAGUUCUUCUGUACAACAAGGCAAAGCAGCAUCAGCAAGAGACUAUACACAGCCUGGCAGCUGCUGCCCCACAAUCCACACCAAGUCCCCCCGAAGAUACCGAGCCACUCAUUUCCAAAGAUUUGGAACCCUAUGAUUAAUAACGGCCAUUUAUUCUUUCAACCUGGUGUAACUGAAAGGAACUCUUCCUGAAAGUGGGUAUUUCUUCAACAGCUGAUGCUGGUUUGGUUCCUUCGAGUGAACGCAGGUCACACCUGGGACUUGAAGCAGAGAGAGAAAACGCUGGGAAGAAUUCAGUAAGCCUUGAUUUACUGAGAAACUGAUGGACCUUGUAUCUUAAAAUGUGGUAAACGUGGGCUUUAAUGUCUUUCCUUGACUGCAAAUAACAUACAAGCCUGUAUUAGAGAAAGAACUUCAGUGUCCUGUGGGAAAACGAUUCCUUUCUCCCUCCCCAUCAAAAUAAUGUGAAAAUGUGGACCCGUGACUGCAUCCUGCCUGCCUGCAGCGGAGUGAAACUGCUGCACAACUGAAAUUCCUACUUGUUUGUUCCCCUGCCCUGCUGCGUCCUCCAUCGUUUGUGCACAUUGCAGAGCUGGAAGAGGGAACCCCCUUCCUCUCCCAACACAUGACUUAUUUUGGUACAUGUUUAAUUGAAGUAAAUUAUGGAAACAAGUCCGUGCCCCAGAGCAGCGAGGAGUGGCUAUUUCUGACUACAAAGCUAGGAAUUGAAAAGUGAUUUUUCUACUAAAAUUUAACAUGGAAAUAUUGCAUCCUGGUUGCAUAUUGACAAUACUGAAAUGCAAAUAUACACACAAACAUAUACUGUGUAAAUGGAGUGUUGAAUUAAAUAUUUGCAGUUGCUCAGAGGUAAAAAACACUGAAAAAUUAUGGUGAUAAAGGAAGCAGGAUCUCUGUAUUUCUUUUAAUAUUUUAAUUUCAUGCAUUUUAUUAUAUAUUUCUGUUAUGAGGAAAUAAAUUCUUUUUUUUUUUUUUGGUAUUAUUUCGAAGAGUGCAACAAAAUACUGCCUUUUAGAAACUCAGGGUUAUAAUUCUGACCUAUGUGCAAAGCAUUUCUGUCGUUUCUGAUCAUGUAAAGAAUCUCAGAGGUAUCUGUGGCAGGUGGAAGAGAGGCCACUAAAGGGAGGACCAUACACUGAGGCUAAUCUUUAUUUCUGCUGCUUUUAAGAAGUUUUCUUUUUUAAGGAAAUUCUCGUUGGUGGUAGGUCAAAGAUUAAAAGUUAAAAAGAAAAAAUUCUUAAGUAUUAUUAAUUAGUUUUUGGCAAAAAGGCACACGUAGCUACAAAAACAUUCAAAUGGACUUCUUGGUAACAUAAUUAAAUUAAUUUGAUUUUUAAUAAUUGGCAGUGUUGUGGAAGAUUGUAGCAUGGCAUUAGAAGAAUAGAUAGAGUGGUCUUUAUGGUGAAAAUCAUUUCUAAUGGGAAGUUACCUGUGGAGUUCCUGUAAAAUUUAAGCUUCUGCUUCUAUUUUCUGCUUGUGAGGUGUUCGUUAGCUUUAGUGAACUAUUCCUGUGGAGAACAGUGUGUUCCCAAGAUGGUCUCUCUGAAGAAGCCCCUUUUCUGUUUAAA